GCGACUGAUGACGUUGACUGAUCGGGAUUGGGCUGUGGGUUUGUUACAGUUGUCGGCUUUUCUAACUUCGACGAAACUCCAGCUGACGCGUGCUGGUGAGGAAGAAGCGGCAGAGUUUGUUCAGGAAGUUUCGCAUUCAUUAAACUUCUCUUCAAACCAUGGCGUGCGCGGUGAACGGCAUGUCAGAUGAGAGAAUCGGGGAAGCCCUCAUCAAAGAAGUCAUAGAGGAAGAGCUGAAGGAUGUGCCCUCAGAGGAUGUCCCGCCUCUCACUCCACUGACUGUGGAGGGGAAGACUGAGCAGGAGGAGAAGCUGGUCAAGCAGCUGAGCAAAAUGAUACGCAUCGUCGGUGACAGAGUGCAGCAUGACCAAGAGUUUCAAGAUGUGAUAGAUGGUGUGGCUUCUGGCUCUGGCUCCAAGUCAGAGAACUUCAGACGAGUGGCAGACAAAGUGUUUGAGGACGGCAUCACCUGGGAGAGAAUCGCUGUGCUCAUCUAUGUAGCCGGCAGGCUUGCUGUCAAGUACACUACAGGAAGCUAUUGGGGGAGUAGCGCUUAUAUUGUCUGCCAAGACUGCACCAAGAAGAAGGCACAAUCUGAUGUCCUCGUGCUGGUGUUUUAUUAUGAGCCUCCAACUGUCAUUGUAGUCAUUAUCAUCAUCACUGUAGACUCUCUGGAUCUAUUUGUGGCUCAGGAGGUGGAGCAGGUCAUCGACUAA